CACGACUGCACUUUUCACUUUCCCUGUUUUCUGCGCCUCUUUCUCUCUCUAGAACCCAUUAUAAUCCUCUUCCAUCACAACGCUUUCCCCCAUUUUAGAGAUUUUGUAGUGGGAUUUACAUAUUUUAAUUGUGGGUUUUACUUAAAUACUCCGUAUUGAAAAUCUUGAUUUGAAGAAGUUGCUUGCUUUGUGGCCGAUUUAUCUUUUUUUCUUCCUCCGAUUUGAUCGAUCGAUCGACGCAUGAGCGGGUUGGUACAGCUGGAUUUUUCUCCUAAUUCCAACCAUUUUAAUUUUAUCCAGUUGUCGGGGACCUGUAAUUUUUUAUUGUUCCUCUUGUUAUUGAGAUUAAGCUCAAUCAAUUUGAAGAUUGAUAAUAGUUUGAUCAAUUUGUCUAAUCAUGGAUUCGAGGGAAAACAGGAGUAAUCUCCAGUCGCAAACAGGUCCUUGCUAUUCGACCUUGGGGAGAAGAUCGGUAGCCUCGCCAUCUGUCAUCGUCAUAGGUGCCGGAUUUGCAGGCAUUACAGCUGCACGUGCUCUUCAUGAUGCCUCAUUCCAGGUUACUGUAUUGGAAUCACGGGAUAGAAUUGGUGGCCGAGUGCAUACGGAUUACUCAUUUGGUUUCCCUGUUGAUUUGGGUGCUUCAUGGUUACAUGGUGUUUCCAAGGAGAACCCAUUAGCUUCGGUUAUUGGACGACUGGGACUACCACUUUAUCGAACUAGUGGGGACAAUUCGGUUUUAUAUGAUCAUGAUCUAGAAAGUUAUGCUCUUUUCGAUAUGGAUGGAACACAAGUUCCACAAGGUCUAGUCUCAAAGGUUGGGGAAACUUUCGAGACCAUUUUGAAAGAGACGGAUCUUAUACGGCAGGAGUUCAGUGAAGACAUGUCAAUACAUCGUGCAAUUUCAAUUGUUUUUGGCAGGAGACCAGAUUUAAGGCUGGAAGGGCUCGAACAUCAGGUUUUGCAAUGGUACCUAUGCAGAAUGGAAGGCUGGUUUGCUGCAGAUGCCGAGACUAUAUCACUUAAAGGCUGGGAUCAAGAAGAAUUGCUUCCUGGUGGGCAUGGGCUUAUGGUACGCGGAUAUCUUCCAGUAAUCAAUACACUCGCAAAAGGGCUAAACAUCCGCCUGGGCCACAGUGUCACUAAAAUAGAUCGACGCCAUAACGGAGUAAAAGUAACUGUAGAAGACGGUAGAACAUUUGUAGCAGAUGCAGCUAUAAUCACUAUUCCCCUCGGCGUUCUAAAAUCAAAUCGAGUCAAAUUCGAGCCGAGAUUACCCGAGUGGAAAGAGGAGGCAAUUAAGGACCUCGGUGUUGGGAUUGAGAAUAAAAUCGUCUUGAACUUUGAUAAUGUCUUUUGGCCGAACGUUGAGUUCUUGGGAGUAGUUGCUGAGACUUCUUACAGCUGCAGUUAUUUCCUUAAUCUGCACAAAGCCACGGGUCAUCCGGUACUCGUUUAUAUGCCGGCUGGAAAAUUGGCCCGUGACAUUGAGAAGAUGUCAGAUGAGACUGCCGCUAAUUUUGCUUUCACGCAACUUAAGCGAAUCCUUCCAAAUGCUUCUGAACCGAUUCAGCACCUCGUCUCUCAUUGGGGCACGGACAAGAACUCGUUGGGCUCAUACAGCUAUGACACUGUCGGCAAAUCCCACGACCUUUACGAGAGGCUGAGGAUACCUGUCGACAACCUGUUCUUCGCUGGCGAGGCCACGAGUUUCGAUUACCCGGGUUCGGUCCACGGAGCCUACUCGACGGGCCUCAUGGCUGCAGAGGACUGCAGGAUGCGCGUCUUGGAACGUUAUGGUGAGUUGGACCUUUUCCAGCCUGUCAUGGCCGAGGAGAUCUCGGUCUCGGUCCCGCUCUUGAUCUCCCGUAUGUAAUGUAAGUAAAGAAAAAUUGGGGUCCUUUUUUAUUUUUUAUUUUUUA